UUCCCCUCCCUUUUCCUUUUCCCUCUUCUGUCUCGGAGGGGAGCAGCGAGCACCACACGACGACUCGCUCCAUGACGCCGCGCUGCUGCCGCAGCAGCGCGCGACAAUAGAAAGUCAAAUCCGCAGCGCCGGCCGCGACCAACCCCACCAAAUCCCCAGCCCAACCCCCCCGGGCCCUCUCCGCCCGCCGCAGCGGCGGCGAGCUCGAAGCUGCCGUCCCCGCGGCCGCCGAGGCGAGCUCGAAGCUGUCCCCCGCCGCCGCCGCCACGGCGAGCUCGAAGCUGUCCCCGCUCCGCUCAACCAACACCCCCGCCCCGCCCCCUGUACAGAGAGAGAUUCAUGAGGGGCUCAAGAAUGAAUCCAGGCGAUCGUAGAACGCGGAGCACAAUGACGAUAGUAAUUGUGAUGGGUUUGUGCUGCUUCUUUUACAUAUUAGGUGCUUGGCAGAAAAGUGGGACAGGAAGGGGUGAUAGUAUAGCCUUGAGGGUUAACCAAGAAACCGACUGUACAAUCUUGCCAAAUUUGCACUUUGAGACCCAUCAUAGCAUAAGUGGUGCAAAUCCAUUGAUCAUGACCAAUAAAGUGAUUGAGCCAUGCCACAUCAGAUACAGUGACUAUACUCCUUGUCAAGACCAGAACCGAGCAAUGGCCUUUCCUAGGGAAAAUAUGACAUACAGAGAAAGGCAUUGCCCUUCAGAGAAUGAGAAGCUGCAGUGUCUAAUCCCAGCACCAAAAGGCUAUGUCACCCCUUUCCCUUGGCCCAAGAGCCGUGACUAUGUUCCGUAUGCAAAUGCUCCAUAUAAAAGUCUGACAGUCGAGAAAGCUGUUCAGAACUGGAUCCAAUUUCAGGGAGAUGUGUUCAAAUUUCCAGGAGGAGGGACGAUGUUUCCCAAUGGAGCAAGUGCUUACCUUGACGAACUUGCAUCCAUAAUCCCACUUGCCGAUGGUACCAUCAGAACUGCACUUGAUACUGGAUGUGGGGUUGCAAGCUUUGGAGCUUACCUAAUGGAUAGAAAUAUAUUAACCAUGUCAUUUGCACCCCGAGACUCACAUGAAGCUCAAGUUCAAUUUGCUUUGGAGAGAGGUGUUCCUGCAGUCAUUGGAGUACUUGGAACUAUAAAGCUCCCAUACCCAUCAAGAUCUUUUGAUAUGGCCCAUUGCUCACGCUGCUUGAUCCCAUGGGAGUCAGAUGGCGGGAUGUACAUGAUGGAAGUAGACAGGGUUCUGAGGCCUGGGGGUUAUUGGAUACUUUCUGGACCUCCCAUCAAUUGGAAUAAAUACUACCAAACGUGGAAAAAGUCUAAACAAGAUGCUGAGGAAGAUCAGCGUAGAAUUGAAAACAUUGCUGAAAUGCUUUGCUGGGAUAAAAUUUAUGAGAAGGAGGAUAUUGCUAUUUGGCAGAAAAAAGCAAAUUCACAUUUAUGUCAUCAAAUGAAUGGUCAUGCUAGCAAGAUGUGCAAAGCUCAAGAUGCAGAUGACGUCUGGUAUAAGAACAUGGAAUCUUGUAUAACCCCUCCUGGAGAGCCAGCACAGUUAAAGAAGUUUCCAGAGAGACUAUCUGCCAUCCCUCCCAGAAUUCUGGAGGGCCAUGCCCUAGGUGUUACAGAAGAAGACUAUGAGGAGGAUAAUAAGUUGUGGAAGAAGCAUGUCAAUACAUACAAGAGGGUGAACAAGCUGAUAGGUUCUUCAAGGUACAGGAAUAUUAUGGACAUGAAUGCAGGCCUUGGAAGUUUUGCUGCAGCGCUUGAUUCUCCCAUGUCCUGGGUGAUGAACGUUGUGCCCACUAUAUCAGAGAGGAACACUCUCGGUAUCAUAUAUGAGCGAGGUCUGAUUGGCAUAUACCAUGAUUGGUGCGAAGCCUUCUCUACAUACCCUAGGACAUACGACCUGAUACAUGGCUAUGGCAUCUUUAGUUUAUAUCAGAACAAGUGUGAUGUGGAAGACAUUCUUCUGGAGAUGGAUAGGAUUUUGCGCCCAGAGGGUGCAGUCAUACUGCGGGACAGUGUUGAUGUACUGAACAAGGUUAGAAGCACGGUGUCAGGAAUGCGGUGGAAGUCCAAGUUGCUCGAUCAUGAAGACGGCCCUCACGUUCCUGAGAAGAUUUUAAUUUCAGUGAAAGAGUAUUGGGUUGGCAGCGAAGAAGAGAACAGUUCAUAG